AUGGCGAAACGCAAGAAAAACAGAACGCACAAAAAGGCACGAGAAGCUGGGGCAGCAGCAGCAGCGACAGCCACGAAAUCACCAAAAUCUUUCAUCAUCAAGUCCACAAGAGCUCAUCACACUUCAUCAUCAGCCACCCGUUCCCCACAUCAUUCGACGAGUCUCAACCUCUUGGUCAAGGAUUUCAGGAAGGUCAUGGAACCCAACACCGCCUCUAAUCUCAGAGAGAGAAAGUCGAACAAGUUCAAGGAUUUUUUGGCCAUGGCCGGCCCCUUAUCAGUCACCCACAUCUUGGUCUUCUCCCAAUCAGAAAUCAGCACGGCCAAACAACUAGAAAACCAGUCCGGAGAAACGGAAUUAAUCUCGAACCUCAAUCUCAAAAUUUACAAAGUCCCUAGGGGUCCAACUCUGACCUUUAAAAUCCUACGUUUCAGCCUGAUGAUCGAUAUCCUGAACGCUGAUAAACAUCCUCGGAGUCCUGGGGCCGAAUUCAAAACCGAACCUUUGCUUAUUAUGAACAAUUUCAACCCGGACGCUAAUGCAACAUCUGAAGAUAUCAAUCGGCUCAAUCUACUAACGACGACUUUCAGGAACCUUUUCCCACAAAUCAAAGUCCACGACAUCCAACUCGUGCAGACACGCCGAGUCGUCCUGCUCUCCUACAACCCAACAACAAGGACGAUUGAUUUCCGGCAUUACUUGAUCACCGUCAAGCCAAUCGGGGUUUCGAAGGCUCUGAGGAAACUGAUGCAGGGUGUCAGUGUUCCUGGUCAACGGACUGAUGAAAAGUCAGAUAAGCGGAACAAACACCUGUUAGAUCUGGGCUCGAUCGAGGACGUUGCAGAAUAUCUACUGGGCAAGGGGAAAGGUGGGCCAGGCUCUACGGCCAGUAGCAGUGGCUUCACCGGCGACCGAUCUGAGAAUACCGAGGAUGGCAACCAAUCAGAUUACGACGGUCUGAGUAGUGAGGGCGAGGACGAAAGCGAGGGCGAAGAGGCCAACGACAGAAGGGUCGAAUUGCCGCAGAACUACCUCGGAAGAGGGAAUAUCAAAAACACCAAAAAGGCAAUCCGACUUCGGGAAAUCGGCCCAAGGAUGGAACUUGGCUUGAUCAAAAUUGAACAGGGUCUAGGUGGUGGAGAUGUAUUGUAUCACGAACUGACAGAUGUUGAAGCAGCAGGCCUAGAAGGACAUCCUAAUCAAGAUCAAGGUGAUGACGCAGGUGAGGAUGAUGAUGACGAAAAAGAAGAGCCGGAGGAAAAUGCAAGCGAGAUCGACGAGGAAGCGGAGCUAUCGGAUAUCUUUAGUGAACUGGCUUAUUCGGAGGCGGAGGAGGACCAGGAUGGACAAUCGUCAGACUCAUCAAUCGAUCAAUCGGACCAUUCUGAGGCCGAAUCCGAACACCAAAAGAAAACUCCUCAAGCAAAAAAGAACCGAAAGAAGGUCAAAUUUAGCCAAUCCUGUUAA